AUGGAAGGACGGAAGUCGUUUAGCAUUGAUGCACUGUUAUCAAAGACAACGUCGGGUAAGACAUCAAGCCCGGUGCCUCCAUCACCCCCUUGCAGCUCACCCCGACCCUCAUCCUCAGGGUCAAGUCAUAUGGGUACCCACACGCCCGAGUCUAGCGUGUCACCCCCCGGGCCGGGGAUGUCCCCCAACACAAGCUUCGUCCCCAGACCGGGACUUUUGAACAUCCAACACCCGGCCAUGCUACAGCCCACCAGCCUCGGACUACCCGGCAUGUUCUCUACCCACCCGCUGUACUCGUACCCCGGACAGACCCCCGGGCACCCCCAGAUACCCAUGCUGCCAGGGAGCGCCUUCCACACCCCUGCGGAACAGGCGUUCAAGUUAGCACAACUACAGGGCAUCAACUACGCCGAGUGGCUGGCUCGGUCUGGCAUGUACAUGCCCAGAGUUGUCGACUACCCAGGAAGUUGUGGUGGCCAGGGAGGCCUGGGGAAGACACGGAGGCCGAGGACGGCGUUCACGUCGCAGCAGUUGCUGGAGUUGGAAAGACAGUUCAAGCUCAACAAGUACCUGUCCAGACCUAAGAGAUUCGAGGUGGCGACCUCCCUCAUGCUUACAGAGACACAGGUAAAGAUCUGGUUCCAGAACCGGCGCAUGAAGUGGAAACGGAGCAAGAAGGCCGCCAUGGAGGCCAAGAGCGGGAAGGAGGAGGACAAGGCGAGGUUAGAUGGGGCAGAUACACGUACAGAUGCACACAAGCAGUCGGACGCCGGGGACGACAUGAACGGUGAUAACAUUGACGUUACGGAAGUGGAUAUGGAUGAUUCCGCUGAGACGGAAAUAGACGACAACGAGGACAGUGAUAACGAAAUGUGUGUGUCCCAGAAUUCCACAAACUCUGACCUUGUUUCCGGUGUGUCAAUACCAACGUCAAAUGGCCGCUGUUCUGUAGUUCAGCCUGCACAUGCCUGAUGUAGAUGGAUGCAAUGCGAAUUCGUUUUCUUUGAAGAUCAUGACUGAUGCCAUGAUAAAGAGAGACGCUGCAAUAUCUCCCUGGAAUCUUCAUGGACUACACGCAUUGUCUUCACACGAGGACCCAUAUUGUUCCAUGACAAAGUGAAUCUCACAGAAACGCUAUGACACAAGGUUGCAGUGUGUAACUCAGGUCUGACAGACACAAGUACACGUGUAGAUGAUUACACAGGCCGUGCUGACGUUACCAUCGCUCAGACAGCAACACAUACAGCGGGAGGUGUGUGAACUGGACCACGUGAACUAAAGAAUCAAGAAUAAGUACAAGUAACAGUAUACUGUGGAUCAGGACAUGGUACGGUAUCACAAGGAACCGUGUCGUCUGUGGAACAGGUCAAGAGGGCGUCAGCAAACGCAGUGGUGGCAUGUGUGGAUCCGGUCAAGAUGACGUCAGCAAACGCAGUGGUGGACUGUGUGGAUCCGGUCAAGAUGACGUCAACAAACGCAGUGGUGGCUUAUGUGGAUCCGGUCAAGAUGACGUCAGCAAAACGCAGUGGUGGCCUGUGUGGAUCCGGUCAAGAUGACGUCAGCAAACGCAGUGGUGGCCUGUGUGGAUCCGGUCAAGAUGACGUCAGCAAACGCAGUGGUGGCCUAUGUGGAUCCGGUCAAGAUGACGUUAGCACAAGGAGCCGUGUCGUCUGUGGAUCAGGUCAAAAUGACGUUAGCAAACGCAAUGGUGACCUGUGUGGAUCAAGGCAAGAUGACGUUAGUACCAGCGAUUAUGUCGAAUGUGCAUAUGAAAUGUAGGAUCUAACAGAGUAAGCAAACCCUUAAGUAUUGACCUUGAUUGUAGAAGGUUCAUGAUGACGCCAGUUGGAAAGCAAUCCUUCGAGUGAGAGAUGGUGAAUACAUCUUGAACGACUACUAAUUAUCAGUGCCAACGUGAUGACGUCACCAAAAUCAGUAUUUCCUCCAGCCUGGCAGGCAAUGUGUAUUGUUUUUUAUUGUAGCUUCUAAAACAUUUUGUCAUUUUCAACCACUUCACAAAGUCUUAAGAUUGCAAGGUGUGGGUGAUAUAUUCUCAGGGUUUAAGACACCUGUUGCAUUUGAGCAUCGACUAAGAGGUGAAACGUUCCGAACUAUUGCCGUUUUUAUGGGAAGUUCUUUUAAAAUAAAGGGAUAGAGGAUUUACAAACAAUUGUAGCAUUAAUGCCCCAUGUAUAUAUGAUCUGAAUGAAUGAAGAGGGUGAGCUACGAACCCUCUCUCUGCUCGCUGUUGUUAUCAUGUGUAUAUUUUCCGAUGCAUGGCAGUCGGAUAUUAUGUGUUAAAUAAAUUAAUAUGUAGAACUAC